GUGGUGACUCUCAUCGUCAGUCAAUAAAUAAUGGUACCUCUUUUAGUCAGAGAACCACACUUCAGAAAAGCAAAAAUGGGGCUUGUUCCUAUUACUCCCUCAAUCAGUUUUUCCUGCCUAUUCAUUGUCUUACUCAGAUUGUUCUUGGUGAAGGUGGAGGUAGCUGUAGCUCAAAAUAAUACGGACGCCACAACAAUUCCAGUGAACGUGGGUAUGGUUCUUGACUUCGAUGGGUGGACGGGAAAGUUAGGGUUGAGCUGCUUUAACAUGGCCCUCUCCGACUUUUAUUCCAAUCAUCGUGACUACAGAACCAGGCUGGUUUUAAACACAAGGGAUUCCAAGGGAGAUGUUGUUGGGGCGGCUGCUGCCACUCUGGACUUGAUCAAGAAUGCACAGGUACAAGCAAUAAUAGGGCCUGAGGAUUCAAUGCAGGCAAUCUUCAUCAUAGACGUCGGAAACAAAGCUCAAGUACCCAUCAUCUCUUUCACCGCAACCAGUCCUUCCCUUUCCUCCAUCCGGCGCCCAUAUUUUUUCCGGGCAACACAUAAUGACUCGUCUCAAGUCAAAGCUAUUAGUGCCAUAAUCCAAGCCUUUGGAUGGAGAGAAGCCGUGCCCAUUUAUGUAGACAACGAGUUUGGAGAAGGAGUCAUACCAUAUUUGUUUGAUGCCUUGGAAGAGAUCAAUGUCCGAAUUCCCUAUCGGAGCGUUAUUUCUCCGGAGGCUACUGAUCAAGAAAUUGAAGAAGAGCUACACAAGUUAACGACUAAGCAGACUAGAGUCUUUAUAGUUCAUAUGACCCCAAUUCUUGGGUCUAGGCUUUUUGAUAUAGCAAAAGAGGUUGGAUUGAUUAGUGAAGGGUAUGUUUGGAUAAUGACUAACGGGAUGACUAAUCUGUGGAGUUGGAUGGAUCAUUCUGAUAUGGAAUCAUUGCAAGGUGUAAUAGGUGUCAGGCAUUAUGUUCCAAAAUCAAAAGAGUUGGAAAGUUUUAAGGUUCGAUGGAAAAGGAAAUUUCUGCAAAAUAAUCCAAGCAUGGUCAACGCUGAAUUGGAUAUUUUUGGGUUAUGGUCUUAUGAUGCUGCAUUUGCACUAGCCAUGGCGGUUGAGAAGCUUAACAAUGCAAAUUUCAGCUUUGAAGAGUCAAAAGGUGUUGGAAAUGCAAGAACAGAUCUUGAAUCUUUGGGGAUUUCUCAAAAUGGUCCCAAACUCAUCCAAGCUUUGUCAAGUACGAGAUUUAAAGGCCUCAGUGGAAAAUUUGAGUUUGUUAAUGGGCAACUUGAACCCUCUGUUUUCCAGAUUGUUAAUGUGAUUGGAAAUGGUGAAAAGGCGAUUGGGUUUUGGACGUCCAAAUAUGGACUGGUUAAGAAACUGAAUUUUACAAACUUAACGGAAUAUUCUACUUCAAGGGCAAAUCUGGGAACUAUCAUGUGGCCAGGAGAUUCCCACUCCGUUCCCAAAUGUAAGAGGUUGAAGAUUGGUGUUCCAGUAAGAAAAGAAUUUAAAGAAUUCGUUAGUGUACCACCGGGUUCAAGUCCCAAUUCAAGAGUCAACCCCACAGGCUACUCCAUAGAUGUCUUCGAAGCCGUCAUGAAAGCAAUGCCAUAUUCCGUCCACUACGAUUUCUAUGCCUUUGCAAAAACCAACGGAGAGGCCGCUGGAACGUACAAUGAUCUGAUCGAUCAAGUCUUUUAUGGGGAUGAUAUUUUGCUCUUAUCUGGUAGUAACUAUAGUGAACAGAAUUAUGAUGCAGCGGUUGGAGACAUUUCUAUCAUUGCAAAUAGGUCACUGUAUGUCGACUUCACGUUGCCUUAUAUAGAGUCUGAUGUGGUGAUGGUGGUUCCAAUUAAAAACAACUCAAACAAGAAUGCCUUGGUGUUCUUGGAGCCUUUGACAGGUGAUCUCUGGGUCACAAGCAGUUGCUUCUUUGUCUUCAUUGGGUUUGUCAUCUGGGUCCUUGAGCACAGAAUCAGUGAAGAUUUUCGUGGACCGCCUUCACAUCAAGUCGGAACAAGCCUUUGGUUCUCUUUCGCAAUCUUGGUCUUUGCCCAUCGGGAGACAGUGGUGAGCAAUUUGUCGAGGUUUGUGGUGAUAAUAUGGUGCUUUGUGGUACUCAUCCUUACACAGAGCUACACGGCCAGUUUAACUUCUCUUCUAACGGUUAAACAGCUGCAACCGACCGUAACGGAUGUGAAUGAACUAUUGAAGACUGGGGAAAAUGUUGCGUACAAAAAUGGCUCCUACAUCCGAGAAUUCAUCCAACAGUUGAAUUUCAAUUCGGCCAAUGUGAAGACAUAUGAUACGUCUGACGUUCUUGAUGAACUUUUUAACAGGGGAAGCGCCAACGGUGGAAUCGCAGCCGCAUUCGGGGAAACACCUUAUGUGAAUCUGCUGCUUGAAAAGUACUGCAUGAAAUACACCACGGCUGGACCGACUAUCAAUACUGGUGGCUUUGGAUUUGUUUUCCCAAAAGGUUCUCCUCUUGUAGCAGAUGUUUCGAGGGCAAUCUUGAAUGUCACUGAAAGUGAUAAAAUGAGGGAAAUUGAAUAUAAAUGGUUCAAGAAACAUUGUACUGAUUCCAGUACUUUGGUCUCUUCUAAUAGGCUGGGUCUUGGGAGCUUCUGGGGCCUCUUUCUCAUUGCUGGGGUUGCUGCGGCAUUAGCUCUCACCAUCUUUGUGGCCGAUUUUCUAUACAAGCAAAGGGAUGUCUUGUGUGGGUCUGAAGUUUCGGCCUGGAAACGAUUCCUUCAAGUGUUAAGAAACUUUGACCAGAAAGAUCCGAGCUCUCAUACCUUUAGGCAAAGUGAAUUAACUGAAGGAAGGCGAAUUGAUAACAUAGAAAUGAUGGUUGCUGUCGAAGCCUCGCCAAACACCAACUGCCUGCAUUGUGCAUCAAACUCGAACCAGACAGAUUUGAGCUCUGUUUUCUUCGGAGAGCAGGGAAGGCCUUCAACUAGUCAUGAAGUUGAAGACACGAGCAGCAUACCAUCUCCAUAAAUAGCAAUUCAUGAGCAUACAAUAUUUCUAGAAGCAACAAAAGAAAAACAUACAGAAAACGAAUAGAUAUAUUAGCAAGAAAAUAAAAUGGAGGAUAUACCUUCCAAGUGUUGUUGAACAUAUUUAGAAAUUACAUGGAAAUGAGAAAAAGUGCUUGAAGUAUUAAUUCUGGCAAAUAUUGUACAAGACACCCUAUCAGUUUAAAGUGUUCAGACUUUGGGGUUUUUGAACUGAGAGCACUUUUGUUUACAUUACUGUUAUUAUUGUUAUUAUUAAAUGUCAGGGUGUUUA